UUACCUCAGCAACAAGUGUGGGCACUUUCCUUUAACGUGACAGGAUCUCACAUUAUCAAUGAAUUUAUCACUCCUUAAUGAACCGGUUCUUUGAAAUGAACUGCCUGAACGAACCGAUUCAUUAAAACGAAUUCGACUUCUGAACGCAGCUACUUGAAGAGAUGUGUGGAGAUGCGUUGCGUCAUUUGCACCGCGCAACCGCUGCUCGUUUGGAAACGCGUCUCGUUACUUGAAAAUUUAGAUACAUUUUAAAAGCAAGUUUAUUAAAAGCCGAAUUUCUUUCACGCUACUAACAAUGGCGAUGUCGUUCGUACUUUCUGUUAAAACACCGGUGCGUAAAAGCGCGGAGAUUAUUUCAGCGCCUCUUGAGGAUUCAUUAGAGUAUUCUCUUUAAAAGCAGGAAUUUGGAGAUUGUGAGGUAAAUAAAAUUGUGGUGUUUGUGGGAGUAAAUAGAUAUAGAGGUGGUAAAUAGAUCUGUCUCUUUAAGUUGGCAUUAAAGCCGAUUAUCGCUGAUCUCGGUCGUGAUUUUGUUGUACCGUCUGUUCACUGGAUCUGUUUUGUGCGCGCAGUUUAGAUCAUGUUUUAACACAAUUUUUAAGUAUAGUUCCGUUUGUUACACACGCCUUUUGGCAUCGCACUCGCUGCGUAAUUACGCGUUACGGGCGGCUGGAGUCCCCUUGACGCGCGGCGUCGGCGCUCAGGGCUGAACUUCACACCAUCUUCAGUGUGUGAGAAGGACGAUGGCUUCAGUGUGACACUCUUGUGUGUGAAGAUGCAGAAGAGCGUGCGCUAUAACGAAGGGCACGUCCUCUUUCUGUCCACGAUUGCGCGCAAAGACGGCGUGAAGCGCGGCUAUUUGAGUAAGAAAGCGUCGGAAAACAGCCGCUGGAACGAGAAAUACUUCGCGCUUUAUCAGAAUGUACUUUUCUACUUUGAGCACGAGCAGAGCGCGAGACCGUCAGGGAUUUACCUGCUGGAAGGCUGCACCUGCGAGAGGGUUCCGGCUCCAAAGGUGUCAACCAUCGGCAAAGAGACUGCAGAUAAACAGCAGCAUCAUUUUCUGGUGAUCUUCGGUCACGAUGGACAGAAACCUCUGGAGCUGCGGACAGAAGAAGAUGCAGACUGCAGUGAGUGGGUGGAGGCCAUUCAGCAGGCCAGUUACUCCGAUCUCAUCAUCGAGCGGGAAGUUCUCAUGCAGAAGUACAUCCAUCUCGUGCAGAUCCUGGAGACGGAGAAGGUGGCCGCCAAUCAGCUGAGGACACAACUGGAAGAUCAAGAUACAGAGAUCGAGAGGCUGAAGGCAGAGAUCACAGUUUUGAAUAAAGCAAAGGAGAGGAUGUUGCUGUAUCAGUCCAAUCAAGAGGAGGAAGAUCCGGACAUCAAGAAAAUCAAGAAGGUUCAGAGUUUCAUGCGCGGUUGGCUCUGCCGGAGGAAGUGGAAGACCAUCGUGCAGGACUACAUCUGCUCGCCUCACGCCGAGAGCAUGAGGAAGAGAAACCAGAUCGUCUUUAACAUGGUCGAAGCGGAGACAGAAUAUGUCCUUCAGCUGUCCAUCCUGGUUAACUGUUUCCUGCGGCCGCUCCGGAUGGCGGCCAGUUCCAAAAAACCUCCCAUCAGCCACGACGAUGUCAGCAGUAUCUUCCUUAAUAGCGAAACCAUCAUGUUUCUUCAUGAGAUAUUCCAUCAGGGCCUGAAGGCUCGUAUAGCCAACUGGCCGACGUUAGUUUUAGCUGAUCUGUUUGACAUCCUGCUGCCAAUGCUGAACAUUUACCAGGAGUUUGUGCGAAACCAUCAGUACAGCCUGCAGGUUUUGGCAAACUGCAAACAGAACCGAGACUUUGAUAAACUCCUGAAGCAGUAUGAAGCAAACGCUGCCUGUGAGGGCAGAAUGCUGGAAACGUUCCUUACAUACCCAAUGUUUCAGAUUCCUCGCUAUAUCAUCACUCUUCACGAGCUGCUUGCACACACACCUCAUGAACAUGUGGAGCGCAAGAGUCUGGAAUUCGCCAAAUCCAAACUGGAGGAACUAUCCAAAAUGAUGCACGAUGAAGUGAGUGACACCGAAAACAUCCGGAAAAACCUUGCGAUUGAGCGAAUGAUCGUGGAGGGCUGUGACAUUCUGCUCGACACCAGUCAGACGUUUGUACGACAAGGUUCUCUGGUUCAACUUCCCUCCAUUGAGAAAGGUAAACUGAGUAAAGUGCGUUUGGGUUCACUGUCUCUGAGAAAGGAGAGCGAACGGCAGUGUUUCCUGUUUACUAAACACUUCCUCAUCUGCACCCGGACCUCCAGUGGAAAACUGCACCUGCUCAAACAAGGAGGCACGUUGUCUCUUAUCGAGUGUGGACUGAUCGAGGAGGUGGACGCUAAUGAUGAAGACUAUAACGCUGCCGUUCAGGGAUUUAACCAUCUGGAGUUUAAAAUCGUGGUUGAACCGGCUGAUGGUCCAUCAUUUACAGUCACUCUGCUGGCACCGUCUCGACAGGAGAAAGCUGCGUGGACCAGUGACAUCAGCCAGUGCAUUGACAACAUUCACUGUAAUGGCUUGAUGACCAGCGUGUUUGAGGAAAACUCUAAAGUUACUGUGCCUCACAUGAUCAAAUCUGAUGCCCGGCUGCACAAGGACGAUGUUGAUAUUUGUUUCAGCAAAACGUUAAACUCGUGCAAGGUCCCACAGAUCCGUUACGCCAGCGUGGAGAGACUUCUGGAACGACUGACAGACCUGCGCUUCCUUUCCAUCGACUUCCUCAACACCUUCCUGCACACGUAUCGAAUCUUUACCACUGCUGCCGUCGUGAUGGACAAACUGGCCGACAUCUACAAGAAACCUUUCACGUCUAUACCCGUCAGGGUUCAGUAUCAUUCAUCUGACCGUUUGUCCAUCACCUCCAUCUGUCCAGACUACAGUCUGAAGAUCACAAGACUCGCGCUGGAUCAGUCCAAGUCCCUUGAACUUUUCUUCGCCACAAACCAGGGCCCCUGGAGCGGAGAGCACCUGAACAACAAAUCCCCGCGGCUGUCACGCAAGUUCUCGUCUCCUCCGCCCGUAUCUGUCCCGUCCCGUACGGCUUCCCCAAUCCAAGCCCGCAAACUUUCCCUCAGUUCUGCUGUGGGCUGUAGGGGUGGAGCCCUGGACCUGUCGACGGCCACGUCCUCCGCAUCCGGCAGCCCGACGUCCACCUAUAACCCCCUCAUCUCCUCCCCUCCUCCCACCUGUACCAAAGCCCCUCUGGACCUCAGCCGGGGUCCCAGUUCUCCCGAGCUCGCAUCCACCACUCCGGACGAGGGCGGGGACCUGCCACGUAUAGACGCCUUCUGCGGGAAACUGCGGAGGAGCAUUCGAAGAGCUGUUCUGGAGUCAGUGUCAUUGGACAAGUUCAUUCCCGAGACGCCCGUGUCGAGUGAGACUGGAGAUCUGUCACCCUGCCGAUCUCCAUCCACACCACGACACCUGCGCUGCAGACAGCCAGCAGGUCAGUCUCCUGAUAACAACCGCUGUUCCGUCUCUCCGGCCUCUGCGUUCGCCAUCGCCACAGCCGCGGCUGGACACGGCAGCCCGCAAGGUUUUAACAACCAAGAGAAAUCGUACGACAAAGAGUUUCUCAUCCGCAGGGCUGCCACCAACAGGGUUCUCAAUGUCCUGCGCCAUUGGGUUUCCAAGCACUCGCAGGAUUUCGAAAUGAAUGCAGAGUUGACAACGGCUGUGAUUUCUCUCCUGGAGGAGGUGCUCAGAGAUCCUGAUCUACUUCCACAGGAACGGAAAGCCACGGCAAACAUACUAAACGCUCUUUCUCAGGAUGAUCAGGACGACUCGCAGCUGAAGAUUGAAGACAUCAUGCAGAUGUCCGAGUGUCCGAGGAAUGAAUGCUUUGAGUUGCUCUCAGCUAUGGAGGUUGCUGAACAGAUCACACUGUUGGAUCAUAUAGUUUUCCGGAAUAUUCCAUACGAAGAGUUUCUGGGUCAGGGCUGGAUGAAGAUGGACAAAAAUGAAAGAACGCCAUACAUUAUGAAGACAAGUCAACACUUCAACGAUAUGAGCAACCUGGUGGCGUCUGAGAUUAUGGCUCAUACAGAUGUUGGAUCCAGGGCCAGCUCGAUUGAGAAAUGGCUCGCCGUCGCAGACAUAUGCCGCUGUCUUAACAACUACAACGGUGUCCUGGAGAUCACGUCAGCCCUGAACCGCAGCGCUAUCUACAGGUUAAAGAAAACAUGGGCCAAGGUCUGCAAACAGACCAAAGCCCUUAUGGACAGACUGCAGAAAAUCGUAUCAUCUGAAGGAAGAUUUAAGAACCUGAGAGAAACCCUAAAAAAUUGUAACCCUCCGUGUGUGCCGUAUCUGGGUAUGUACCUGACUGAUUUGGCAUUUAUUGAGGAAGGAACGCCCAACUUCACAGAGGAGGGUCUCGUCAACUUCUCUAAAAUGAGAAUGAUUUCACACAUAAUUAGAGAAAUCCGACAGUUUCAACAAGCCCCCUACAGGAUUGAGCUUCAACCCAAGGUUACUCAGUUCCUUCUUGACAAGACUCUUGUAAUGGAUGAAGACACGCUGUAUGAUUUAUCUCUAAAGAUUGAGCCACGUCUCCCCCCUACACGCUAAACAUCAUCAUGUUUACAUCGGACUGCAAACUAUCAGAAGUACGAAGUUGUUUAUAUGAAAUAAUAAUGGGCUAAUGUAUGAAAAUCCAUACAUCUGAACUGAAGUCUAUCCAGUAUGGAAACAGUAGCUUGGCCAUAAAAUCAAAUCCAUAUCUUGUGUGCGUGCGUGCGUGUGCCUGAGUGUGUGAAUGAAUAGGUUAUAUGCCUAUUUCUGCUUUGAAAUGUAAACAUUUAUAUUUAAAAAUAUAUAUAGAGAGAAACUUUAUGUAAGCAUUUUUCCAUUGAAAUGGGCAUUGGUUGAACAAAUGUGGGUACCACAAUGCUUUUGAUGUAAACUCAGGUUCAAAUGUGCCUUUUCCUUAAUAUCAUGUAGUUACAUUUCAUCGUACAUAUUUCUAGCAUGAUGCAUUUUAAUAUCUGAUAUUGUCUGAAAAUGUUUUACCUGAAUGCAAAAUAUUAGAAGCCUGAUUCCUAUUUAAGAGGUUUUGUAUGUGUACAAAUGUAUAUUUUGUAUGUGAUACGUGUUCGAUGAGGCUAAACAGUGUUUACCUGUAACUAGCUGGUCCACUUUUCCGAUCAGUCCUCCAUUUUAAAAAAUCCAAGGACCACAGCAACAUCUCCAUCUACUGGCAAAGGAUGUAUGUUAUAAGCUUCACCAAGCACCUUUAUUGUUUACCAAAUUUAACAUGUUUUUACUAUAGUCAUUUAUUAAUGCUAGAUAUUAAUUCAGGUAUUUAACAACAAAUGGACUGCAUUUAUUUAUAGUAGCAUGUUAGUUUAUGUCAGUUUUUUUGGACAAGUGUGUGCAUAAAUUUGCAUUUAAAUAACUACACAUUUUAAAUAAAAAUACAUUUAAAUGAGAUGAAUUUAAUUUGCAAUAUAUUUUAUGUUUCUUCUGGAUAAAUGAUAGGAAAUGUUAAUAUACACUUUGACGUCUAAUGACAUUCUUAUGUAAAGAAAUGUAGUGCAGUGAUGGUAGCAGAUGGUAUUACCAUAGUACUGAAUGAUUAUUUUAUUCAUUUAUUAUUGUAUUUACAUGCUUCUUAAAUGCACUACACACAAUACCAUGGUAAUACCAUGUAAAAAAAAAUCAUGGUAGUUUUUGAUGAGUGCAGAUAAAGUUGUUUACUUUUGCAUAAACGUGAGAAUCACUCAUGGGUUUACAGGUUGGUUUUAGAAGAAAACAUACCCAUUUUUCAACUUUAUAUUUUAGUCAGUUUUUGUACAAAGUAAAUGGAUUAUUGUUUGACUAAUGUGAAUAUGAAUACAAGAUAUGUUCAUGUAAAGAAUUUGAAGUGUUUAUUUAUAAUUUAUAUGUUUAUUUCAGCAUUUUAUUAUUUAUACACAUUUGAAGUAGUUGACUGACCUACAUUGUUUUUUUUAAAUAAUUUAGUUAAAUAAUUGAAUUCAUGCACACUUUCUUGACCUUUGUUUGUAUAAAUGAAUGUAUAUCUGUUUUUCAGCUACAGACACAAAUGUAUCCAUGAUGUUUCUGUUUAAAAACUUGUGAAAUAAAACUUUGUCUUUUCUUCUGUA